AUGAAAGUUCUCUUUAUUUGUAGGUCGAAGCCCAUUUCGGAGAAUGUGAUGAAGCUCAUUUAUGAAAUGGACAAUCUAACGGAAGAAUGGAGCAGCUCCGAACCACAGCUUUAUGAUCUUGUUACUGACGUCAAAGACAUCGACUUUGAGUUGUCCGAUCAGCUGAAAUAUUUCCUCCGUUUACGUAAUGAAGUAAUCGACCCAACUCGUCACACAGUACGGCACUGCAUGAGAUUCCAGCAACACAUAAAGAAUCUCCGCGAACGUGUACGUGUCGAACGUCAAAUUUCCAACUUGAAGUACUCGCUGUCAGUAGAUGCACUUCAGCUUAGUGACGAGUAUCAGAAUAGGAUCGAGGUCUUGAAGAAGUUAGGAUACGUUGACCGAACCGGUAUGGUAACCUUUAAGGGUCGUGUAGCAUGCGAAAUCCACCAUCAGGAGCUUUUAAUAACGGAGUUGAUUCUGUCGAAGAAAUUGCAUGAACGGUCACCUGCAGAAGUAGCUGCAAUGCUUUCGGCGACUACCUGUCAGUACAAAGGCGGUGACGGGCCCAAGUUUGAAAAGGAUAGCGUCUUCGAAAAACUGAAGGAAGACGUGCAGUCGACGAAUGGAAUGAUUGAGAAUGUAGCGAGUUCAUUUCGAGUUCGUAUUGGUGACGUAGGUGACGAACUUCGCUAUGACCUCAUGCAGGUGGUCUAUCACUGGGCUGGUGGGAUGCCGUUCUCCGAGAUCAUGACCAUGACGGAUGCACAGGAAGGACUGAUAGUGCGAUGCAUACAACGUCUUGGAGAAGUGUGCAAAGAUGUCAGGAAUGCAGCACGAAUCGUUGGUGAUCCGGCACUACAUGAGAAGAUGGAGCAGGUCGGCGCAGCGAUCAAGAGGGACAUUGUGUUUGCUGCCAGCCUGUACACGAGCAUGUGA